AUGUCGUCAAAACAAGGUGGAAAGGCCAAGCCUUUGAAGCAACCAAAGGCUGAAAAGAAAGAAUACGAUGACAAUGAUAUGGCCAACCUUCAGAAAAAGAAGGAGGAGGAGAAGGCCCUAAAGGAGCUUAGAGCCAAGGCACAGCAGAAGGGAGCAUUUGGAGGUUCUGGACUCAAGAAGACCGAGUUUGAGCUCAAGCGUAACAAGCUUAAGUUUGGCUCGACUCUGCUCGAAUCCAACCCUACUUACAAAGGUGUCACUCUAGGAGGAGUUGGAGCUAUCCAAAGCAUAAUCCUCUCCCCUCUACAACUGGAAAAAAUCCUCCUGCAUUAACAGAACAGAAACCAUGCAAGAUCCCAUCAAGCAGACCGCCACAAUGGUUCCAUAGAUGUUGCUGGGAGCUUAUUGCAAAGAGAAGGAUUUAGGGGAAUGUUUCAAAGAUUCACCAUCGGAGUUCUGAGAGAUGCACCCUCUCAUGGUUUAUUUAUCUGGUCAUACAAGUACACGAGGGAGCAGCUCCACCCUGGCUGCAGAAAGAACUACCAGGAAAGUCCAAGAACUAUGCUAUUGGCCGGGGGACUAGCAGGAGUGGUUAGCUGGGUUUGCUUCUGUCCUUUAGAUGUCAUGAAGACCAGACUGCAAGCUCAGUCGCCAUCUUCCAUACAAAAAUACAAUAGCAUCAUUGACUGUUUUAAAGUUAAAUACAGUGUGCUCUGGCAAGGACUCGGUACUGCAGUUGCAAGAGCUUUUGUGGUGAAUGCAGGUGUAUUUUCUGCUUAUGAGAUUGCUUUGAGGUGUUUCUUUAAUAAUGGAAGCAUUCAAACAGAACCUACAAUCUAGAGACAUUAAUCUUUGGCUGAUUACAUAAACAAUACAU